AUGCUGGGAAUUUUCAAGGAAGAUCCGGAGCUGCGGGUGCACGAAUCACAGAUUAUGCACCGCGUCAACGCCUUCCGCGGCUGGAAGGAACAGUUUCGAAAGACUGAAGGAGGUAUCGAGGCCUUCGCAGAAGGAUACAAGAUCUUCGGUUUCCAGAGGCACGAGGCCGAGAAGAAGUGGAGCUUCAACGAAUGGCUGCCAGCAGCAAGGAAAGUUUUCCUCGUAGGAGAAUUCAAUGCUUGGGAGAAGACGUAUCCCAUGACACGUUGCGAAUACGGUCGCUGGACGAUUGACUUGCCUGAUCAUGAAGAUGGUCGCUGGCUCGUACCUCACAGGUCCCAGAUCCGAUUGCGAAUCGAGUCGGAGUCGGGGACCUUCGACCGGGUGCCGGCGUGGACGAAGUUCGCCGAGGACACGGCCUUGCACGUCUACAACGCCGUGAUGUGGGAGCCGCCGCCGGCGGAGCGCUACAUCAUGCGCCACGCGAGGCCGAGGAGACCGAAGACGCUGAAGAUCUACGAGGCACACGUGGGCACUGCUGGCGAAGACGCCAAGGCUCCCCACACGUACUUGGAGUUCAAGGCAGUGCUUCCCAAGAUCAAGAGCUUGGGCUACAACACGGUGCAGUUCCUGGCCGUGGCGGAGCAUUCGGACUAUGCCUCCGCGGGCCGGCAGGUGACCAGCUUCUUCGCCCCCAGCAGCCGCUUCGGAACGCCCGAAGAGUUCAAGGAGCUCGUGGACACGGCGCACGCCCACGGCCUCACGGUGCUGAUGAGCUUGGUGCAUUGCCAGCUCUCCCCGCACGAGCUGGACGGCAUCGCGUCCAUGGACGGAACAGACUGCUACAGGCACGCUGGCAGCAAGGGCUGGCAGGAGUCUUGGGCUGCCGCGCUCUUUGACUACGGCAAGUACGAGGUGUUGCGGUUCCUCCUCUCCAACCUCCGUUGGUGGAUUGAGGAGUACGGCAUCGACGGCUUCUGCUUUGCAGGCAUCACGAGCAUGCUGUACCACUCCCACGGAAUCGGCAAGUCCUUUGCCAACUCCAAAGAGCACUUCGGCUGGGACGCGGACCUCGAGUCCGCCACGUAUCUGAUGCUGGCGAACCACCUCGUGCAUCGCCUGCUGCCCUCCUCUGGCAUCACCUUGGCGGAGGACUCCUCGGGUCAUCCCGUGCUCUGCCGCAGCGUGGAGGACGGGGGCUUCGGCUUCAGCGGCCGGCUGGUGCCCUCCAGCGCCGAGCUCUUCCGGCAGCUGCUCCAGGAGCCCGAGGAGGCCUGGAACGUGACGGACCUGGUCAGGACGCUCUGGAAGCCUCGGCGGUUUCAGGAGCCGCGCGUGGCCUACACCGAGUCUCACCAGGAGGCGCUGCGGCAGCCGCUGGGUCGGCUCCUCGCUCAAGGCGGCGACCCGUCCCGCGGCUUGGCCCUGCAGAAGCUCUUGCGCCUGGCCACCGUGGGACUCGGCGAGGGAUACUUGAGCUUCAUGGGGAACGAGUCCGGUUGCCUGGAACCUUUGAGCCUUUCGGAAGUCAGCAGUGCUUCGAAGGGGCGCCUCCCUCGCUCGGACGAGGACGCGACCUCUCCCUGCGCCUUCCUCGAGGCGUUCGACGAGGCCAUGCUGGCCCUGGAAGCGCGCUUCCAGUUUGCCACGGCUUCCGACUCCCUCGUCUCGCGCAAGGACGACUCCGACAAGGUGCUGGUACUGGAACGUGGCGACUGCCUUUUUGCCUUCAACUUCCACCCCACACGCUCCUAUUCGGAGUACCGCGUGGGCCAUCCUUGGAAGGAAAACCUCCGAGUGGUGCUGAAUUCGGAUGAAGCCCGCUUCGGUGGCCAGGGUCGGCUGUCCCAUCAGACGCUGCCUGCAGCCGACGGCUGCGAUUCCAGGUGCUGCUCGGCGAGGCUUUGCCUCCCCAGCCGGAGUGUCCAGGUCCUGGUGAGAGAGUCCCUUCUUCAAGGGGGCGUCCUGGUGCGGCUGGGCACGGGGCCAACCUCGGCCUGGCCCUUCCCCGCGGCAGAGCUGCGACUGCGGAUGGCAGAGAGCCCGAGCACGGAGGUCACGCGCUUCACCUCCGACUCCGACUCCUUGUCGGCACGCCUGCCGCAAUGGCCCAGCGCUUUCCAGGUCUAUUGGGAAGUGCAGAAGGGCCGCGUGGCACGCGGCGCCCCGGCCAAGGUCCAGCUGCCAUUCGCCCUGGAAACCUACCGAGUCCAUUUCCCGGGGACUUAUGUCCUCGACUGCUUCGGCAACCUCACUUGCGCCGGAAACGAGGCGCUCUGCGAGGAGGCUUCGUGCGGCGACGGGGUGCCCGUGGGCUCCGGGAAGGCCAAGGCAGCCCCGCUGGCCCAAAGCCGGCCCCACUACGUGCGUGCGAACAGCACUGCCGGAAACGCGAGCAACGCGAGCAACGUGAGCAACGUGAGCAAAGUGGCCAAGGAGGACUCCUCGCUGUCGGUUUCCGGGGUGUCGGCGAUCUCCGUCUCCGCCUCGGUGUCCGCGGACGCGGCCUCGGUUUCUGCGGCCUCGGACGCGGCCUCGCCGGCCUCGGCGGCCUCGGCGGCCUCGGCGGCGGUGCAGAACCUGCCCUCCACGGUGAUCGAAGUGGGCCAUGGCCGCGAGGCACCCGAAGACAAGGCGAGAUCCAGGCGCCGCACGAAGAAGGUCGAGGCCGGCACAGAGGCCCCCGCCCCGGUGAAGCGAUCGACGUCCCAGCGGAAGAAGGAGAAGGAGGCCUCGCUCUGCAAGGAGGACUUGGAGUGGCUGCAGGCCAAGAAAGUGCCUCUGCAGGACGGUUCCAUGGGCCAGCCGGAGCCAGAGCCUUCGGCACCCUCCGUGGUUUCCACUGCCUCGAAGGCGCAGGAGAGCGCCGCCGCGCAGCGCGGCGGACGAGGGAGCCGGAAGAGCUCCAAGAAGGAGGCGGCGGACUUUUUGGGCCUCUGCCCCAAGGAAAUCACCUUGCAGAAGGUCGAGGACCAAAAGGAGCCGGCUCAAGCGCAGGCUGUCUCCGCCGCGGCGCCCAGGAGCUCCCACCGGCGCCCGAAGAAGGCCGUGGGAGAGGUGCCACAUGGAGCCCCGGCCCCGAACGUGGAAGAAGCGCCAGGGCCGGAGGCUUUGCCGCUUCCCUCGGCCCGGUCGGCUCGCUCCGCUCGCUCCGCUCGCGGCUCCGCUCGGCCGGAGCGCUCCUCGUCUCGGAGAAGCGGAGCUACGGCCGAGACGGCCGAGACGGCCGAGACGGGAGGCCCUCUCUCCUCGAGCUCUUCCAAGGCUUCCGAAACGGAGGCCGCCGCGGCACCGGCCGAAGCGGAGUGCAAGGCCAAGCGCACGACUCGCUCGACCUCUCGACGGAAGAAGGUUCCCGACCGGGUUCAAACGGAACCGGAGGCGGAGGGCGAAAGGAAGCGCUCGGGAUCCACGCGGCGCCGCCGCAGAGAGAAGGCGCUGACCAGGGAGGCGUCGGCAGCAUCCGCAGCUUCGAUGGCCUCAGACGCACGGACAGAGGUUGAGGAGCCUUCGCGGGAGGCCUCUGCAGUCUCAGCGGCGUCGGUUUCUGCGGAGGUUGGCCGGGGCAAACCACCAGCCAGCAAGGAAUCUAAGGCGCUGACCAGGGAGGCGUCGGCAGCAUCCGCAGCUUCGAUGGCCUCAGACGCACGGACAGAGGUUGAGGAGCCUUCGCGGGAGGCCUCUGCAGUCUCAGCGGCGUCGGUUUCUGCGGAGGUUGGCCGGGGCAAACCACCAGCCAGCAAGGAGGCCAGGGUGUCCUGCGGAGCCUCAGAGAGAGAAGAGGUGCCGCCGAAGCCGAAGGCCAGGACGGUCCUGGUGUCGAAGUUCCAGCAGAAGGCGAAGUUGGGACGCGAGGACAAGAAGGAGCAAGCGCCCACGGCUCCCACGGCUCCGGGGAGAAAGGUCAUGCAGGUCUCUCAGGAGGGAAAGACCAAAGACUCGAGCCUUGAGAGGGAGAGGGCCAGCGACAAGCCGGAGAUCCUGCAGGGCCGCGGGCAACUGCUCUUGAAGAAGGCCAUACUCGUAGUGCACGAGUGGCCGUUCGAGCCGUUGCCGUCCCUUCUGCAGGGCUCCCAGUCGCUGCUGCAGGAGACGGCUGAAGAGGCAGCGGCCUCUUGCAUCCCUUUCUCUCGCUCUCGCGUAUCUGUAUCCGAUGGAUCGCUUCAGGAGCGUCCAAAGCGUCAGGAGAUCAGCCGGCUGAGAGAGCUGUCCAAGGCGGAGGAGCUGCCUCUGCCUGGAAUCCGCGUGGAGGUGAAGAAGGAGGCGCUCGCGUCGCUCGCGUGCCCUCCGUCGCCUCAAGCGGAGGGCUACGAGAGCUCCGGCACGCAGACUCCCAAGACCAAGGCAGGGACGAGGGGACGCGAGGAGGAGAGCUUCUUGCGACUUUGCGAGGCGGUGUCCGACGGGAGCAGCUCGGAGAGUGGCGGCGGCUCCGAGCAGAUGGAGCGGGUCUUCUCUCUGAGCGCCCUGGACGCCCUGCUGCAGGACCCGUUGGAGAAGGCGGACUUGCGCUCGCAGCUGCAGUCGGAGCAGCUGGACAAGCGGCCCAAGUACACCUCCCAGCACUUGGACACGCCGAUUGUCGUGGUCUCCUCGGAGGUGAAUCCCUGGUCCAAGACCGGGGGCUUGGCCAUGGUGGCGGGCAGUUACGGCUACGAGUUCGCCAUGCGCGGCCAUCGGACUAUGGUCGUCUCCCCCCGCUACGGCGACUACAAGGACGCCGUCUACGUCGGCUACUCCAAGAUCUGGCUCGACGGCCGCGAGCACGAGGUCCGGUACUUCCACUUGUACCAGGAUUUGGGGGAGGGCAAAGGGACGGACUACAUCUUCGUGGAGCACGAAAGCUACCACCGAGGAGGUCUCUACUGCGACCGAGACGGGAAGGAGUACGUCGACAACUUGUUCCGCUAUGCCUUGCUCACCGUCGCUGCCAUGGAAGCACCCUUGGUGCUCACAUUGAGGGGCUCAACCUAUGGCCAGAACGUGCUUUUCAUUGCAAACGACUGGCAGACGGGAUUGCUGCCCGUCUAUCACCUCUACAAGUAUCGCCGGAACCGCACCUAUCUCAACUCCCGCUGCGUCUUCGUCAUUCACAACAUCGGCUACCAGGGCAAGUACCGGCUCAGCAAAUUCCCCCUGGACAGCUAUUUGGGGCUUCCGCCGGAGGCGAUCGACUUGUUGCAGGGUGAGGAUCUGAAUUUGGGUGUGGACUGCAUGAACCUGAUGUCCGCCGCCAUCUUGGCAUCCGACCGAGUGCUGACGGUGAGUCCGAACUACGCCGUCGAAGUCCAGAGCCCGGAGGGCGGCCAGGGCUUGCACGAGAUUCUCACGGAGAAAGGACGGCAGAUGAGGAUGGCCGGGAUCCUAAACGGAAUCGCAGACGAGUGGGAUCCCAGGACGGACCCCCACAUCCCCAGAAACUAUGGCUUGUCAGACUUUUUAGAGGGCAAGAUGCAUUGCAAGAGCGAUUUGCAGCGUUCUUUGGGUCUCCACGAAGACCCGGGAGCUGCUUUGCUCGGCUUCUGUGGUCGCUUGUGCUUUCAGAAGGGCGUGCAUUUGAUCACGCAAGUCAUCCCCUGGCUGCUCACCUACGAGAACAGCGGCGUCCUGGGCCGGGCCCAGGUGAUCUUGAUGGGCAAGGGCGAUGACAUGUACGCCGCGCAGCUCUCCAACGCCGAGAACACCAACCGAGGCCGCGUCUGCGGCUACGUGGGCUUCGACCCCAAAGUCGAGCAUCGCAUGAUGGCGGGCUGCGACUUUCUGCUGAUGCCAAGCCAGUACGAGCCCUGUGGCCUUCCGCAGAUGUAUGCACAGGCCUAUGGCACCGUGCCUGUGGUCCACGAGACAGGAGGUUUGAAGGAUUCGGUGCUCGGCCUGUGGGACGAGGAAAGGGAUCGGAGGACCGCCACCGGGUUCCUUUUCUCAGGCUUCGAAGAGAACAACUUCAAGGAGCGCCUCUACCAGGCUCUCGAAGUUUAUCACAAGAAGCAGGAUUUGUUCAGGCAGAUCCAGCAGAAUGGAACCGUCAAAGAAAGAAUGAACAAAAAGGAAAAGAAAGAAG